AUGGCUCUCACGCAGAGCAUCAAGAAAACUCUCGAUAAUCUCACAACCGCCAUGCACAACACUGGUAUUCUUUGCGCCGUCAUGCUCGACACAAAGGGUCCUGAGAUACGAACCGGUUUCCUCAAGGAAGGAAAACCGAUAGAAGUAAUCCAAGGUCAAGAGAUUACAAUCUCUGUUGACUACACCAUAGAAGGAGACUCAGAUAUCAUCUCCGUGAGCUACGAGAAACUCGCAGGCGUUCUCAAGCCCGGUGACGUGCUUCUCUGUUCUGACGGCGCAAUCUCUCUAACUGUGUUGUCCUGUGACAAGGAUCUCGGUCUUGUCCGCUGCCGAUGCGACAACUCUGGUGUUCUUGGAGAAAGAGAGAAUGUUAGUCUCCCUGGGAUUGUAGUUGAUCUCCCGACACUUACAGAGAAAGACAAAGAGGAUAUUCUUAAAUGGGGAGUUCCGAAUAAGAUCAAUAUCAUCGCUCUUUCCUCUCGUAGAGGAUCUGAUCCAGACGAGGUCAGGAAGGUGCUUGGAUUGCGCCGAAACAGCAUGCUGGUUAUGCCAAAGAUUGAGAAUGAAGAAGGAUACGCGAAUGUAGAUGAGAUUUUGAAGAAAAGUGAUGGUCUAGUGGUGGUUAGAGGCGGUUUGGGAAUGGAAAUGUCGACUGAGAAGAUAGACAGAGCUCAGAGAAGGAUGAUCAGGAAGGCUAUGAAGCACGCGAAACCAAUCGUCACAGCGAUACAGAUGCCACAGACGACGCUUGAGUCAAUGUCGUUGACCACACCUCCUCCUCCGACCGACGAAGACGACGUUACUAAUGUUACUAACGCUGAAGCCCUAGCUUCUAAUCCGGAUCCCCUCGAAGAAGAGCUUACUAAGGCUUUCCGCAAGCUCACCGAUUGCGUCAUGCUCAGCGGCGUAACAGCCGACGUCGGAGCUGACCCUGAGACCACCGUGCAAACAAUGUCAAGGAUCUGCAAAGAGGCGGAAAACUCCAUCGAUUACAAAGCUGUGCAUAAGAGAAUGAAAAUCUAUUAUGACACCGUUCCAAAAGGGUUACCCCCAUUCGAGAGUAUGGCCGCUUCCCUCGUUGGAUCGACCAUUCUCUGGGCAGAGGCGAAAGCAGUCGUGGUCGUAACCCAUUGUGGAAACAAGGCGGAGCUUGUGGCCAAGUACAGGCCGAGCGUUCCAAUUCUGGCGGUGCUUGACCUGUCGUUCCAUGAUUCACUUGCUCGUAUCGCGAGUCGUGGUUUGCUUUACCGUGGGAUCAUUCCAGUGGUGGGGGCAGGAGGUUUCUAUACGGUGCAUGACAAGGCUCUGUUCGGGAUCCAAUUCGCAAAGAAGGAGGGAAUCGUCAAGCCUGGAGAUUUAGUUUUGGCGUUGCUUAUGAGUGGUGGUUCCGCUCCUAUCACCAAGCCUCUCAUGCCGUUGCCACCUCGCGCCUCCGUCUUCCUCUCUCCUUCCCUUCUCUUCUCCUCUCUUUCACGAUCGUCUUCUCGAGUUUGUGUGGAGAGAGAAGGUCCGUCCACGCCGUCCUCACCAGCCACUACCGUUCCGCUCCACGUCCUGGAGCAGCUGCAUCACGCCGGAGACGCAAUCGACCACGUCAGAGAUCCGCCGUUGCACCGUCCAAUCCCCGACUCGCCCACCCCGUUUCAGUUCUACACCGUCAGCCUCCGUUAA